AUGGCCCAAUGCCUGUGGAAUGUUUUCGGGAGCAGUCCGGCUAGCACGAUCGAGAUUCUCUUGACUCCAGAGGAUUUCGGGAAUUUCUCAAAUAGGUCUUUGACUUUGAGGAUCGGCUUCGGCUACAAGGAUGACAUCCCAGCGGGAAAUGAGGAAACACUCUUGGCUACAUUUGACUCCCCUGUCUCAGAGAACACAACGGUGAUCGUGGAGGGCGGAGAAGCUUGGAACCACUUCCUUCAUCUCGUGUCGAACGGAUCUCGCCAUGAAUAA